AUGGCUUACGGCGAUCCGACCAACGAAAACUCUGUAGCUGCGGCGUUCCAACACGCCUCUUCUCUCGGAUUUCAACUUUUCUUCUCCUUUGAUUACGCCGGAAACGGUCCAUGGCCCAAAAGCGAGGUGGAGUCUCUCAUCAAUAGCUACUCAGGUUCGGGCGCCUACUUCCACUACCAAAGCAGGCCUUUCGUAUCCACAUUCGAGGGCCCAGACCAAGCGGAAGACUGGAUCGACAUUGAGGCGGCUACAGGCUGUUUCUGUAUUCCCGACUGGUCCUCCCUGGGCGCGAAGCCGGCUAUGACCAAGGCUGGUGGUGUUGCUGAUGCGACAAGCUGCAAAGACGGCGGCACAGUGGGCAACACUGUGUCACAGCUCCAGCUUGAAUUUCGACCAUGGAACGUUGCCUCGGAAGCGAUAUACUUCACCGCUCUACUCGUAUCGUCUGCUACGAUCGAAGUCACCCGUUAG